GUACAUGGAGGCUAUUGGUCGGUCAGUCACCAACGUCUGACAGACAACAUUCACGAACAAAUCAAGGGGAGAAUCUGUUAUGCCGCCUAUUUAUUUUGCACCGCCCAGUUCUUUGGUACCGCCAACCCCUAGGUCCACACGUUACAGUGUCGCAAGGACUGGGCUCACUGCUGUGUCAACAAAAACAGUCACGUGAAUGAGACAGCGGAAAUCAAUUGUGGUGAGACUUCGCUGAGCGUUGCAUCUAUAGAAAACGUUGUUUACCAUACUAUCAAGUCUAUGGAAAUAUUGUUAGGGUUACGUUAGGUAUCUGUUAGUUUGAAACGUGACACUGAAAGACCUAUACGAUCAAAGCCUCAUUUGGGUAAUGAUUUCAAGACACUAACCAAGCAUCAUGGACGAGGACUGGAAACCACUUGUAAGCUCAGAUCAAAAUUCUGAGAGCUCAGACCGGAGGGACUCCACCGACUUUUUGGACUGCAAAGCUAAAAGACCUUUUCAUGUUGAGCCCAAGAACAUAGUAAAAGAUGACCUACGGGAGCGGGUUUCAUCUGAAGCCUCCAUUCUGAACAGCAGACUGCACUACUACAGUCGAUUGACAGGGUCGUCAGAUAGACUACUGAGCCCCCCUGACCAUGUUAUACCUCAACCGGAAGAGAUUUACAUUUACAGCCCUUUAGGGACCGCAUUCAAAGUGAAAGGAGGGGAAGGCGCCUCUAAAAACCCAAGUAUUGUCACAAUAUUUGCAAUAUGGAAUACAAUGAUGGGCACGUCUAUACUGAGUAUACCUUGGGGUAUAAAACAGGCUGGCUUCACUCUAGGAGUUCUUAUUCUGAGCGCUAUGGGGCUUCUGACCCUCUACUGCUGCUACAGAGUCCUGAAAUCCCCCAAGUCAAUACCCUACAUUGACACAUCUGAUUGGGAAUUCCCCGACGUGUGCAGGUAUUACUUUGGUAAAUGUGGACAGCUGUCCAGCCUGGUUUUCUCACUGGUGUCACUGUUAGGGGCAAUGGUGGUCUACUGGGUCCUUAUGUCCAACUUCCUCUACAACACUGGCAAAUUCAUAUACAACUAUGAGCAUAACAUAUCUGAUCCUGACUUCGGAAGCAAUACCUCGGUGAUCUGUCCAUACCAACUUCACAAUAGCUCCAUGGAUAUUAGCAUCACUUCUAACAAUACCUCAGAUGCCCUUUUUCAUUUUUGGUGGAGCAAGACCAACACAAUACCCUUUUACCUCAUCAUCUUGUUGCUGCCUCUGCUGAACUUUCGCUCAGCCUCCUUCUUCGCAAGGUUCACAUUUUUGGGUACUAUAUCAGUAAUGUACCUGAUCUUUCUGGUCACGCUUAAGGCCAUUCAGCUGGGCUUCCACUUGGAAUUCCACUGGUUUCACUCAAAUGACUUCUUUGUUGCAGAGUUCAGGACGCUGUUCCCUCAGCUGACCGGUGUUCUUACGUUGGCCUUUUUCAUCCACAAUUGUAUCAUUACCCUGAUGAAGAACAAUAGACAUCAAGAAAACAAUAUCCGGGAUCUGUCUGUGGCCUAUCUCUUAGUUGGACUGACCUAUCUUUAUGUGGGAGUGUUGAUCUUUGCAUCUUUUCCCUCACCUCCGUUCUCCAAAGACUGCAUUGAACCAAACUUCCUGGACAACUUCCCUAGCAGUGACGUCUUGGUGUUUAUUGCUCGAGCAUUCUUGUUAUUCCAGAUGACCUCAGUUUAUCCAUUGCUCGGCUAUCUAGCCCGGGUCCAGAUAAUGGGAUAUCUAUUUAACAACUCCUACCCCAGUUUCUUCCACGUCAUCACGUUGAAUAUCUUCAUUGUUGCUGCGGGUGUCCUCAUGGCCAAGUUUUAUCCUGACAUUGGAUCCAUCAUAAGGUACUCUGGAGCAACAUGUGGCCUGGCCUUGGUCUUUGUCUUGCCUGCUUUAGUGCACAUGAUAUCGCUCAAGAGGCAAGGGGAGCUUAAAUGGCCCUCAGCCAUUUUUCAUAGCCUUCUGAUCCUGCUUGGUAUAGCCAACCUACUGGGUCAAUUCUUCAUGUAGACACUGACUGAUUGGAUAUUUUCAUAAAUGGUUUUCAAAAUUCUAAAACAUGAUGAGAACAUCCCAUUGAAUCUAUGACGUUGGUGAAAAGAUCCUUAGAAGACUGUAUUUUUUUUAUCCAUUGCUGCCUUGUGCUUUUACUUCGAUUAUUUUUUUCAUGUCAAUGGUAUUAAUUUCUUCUUUCAAUAAAUGGUGCGAUAACCUAUAAUUAAUUGAAAAAUGUGGACAUUUGCAGAAUUAUAUAUUUUAACAUUGCAUUAAUCUCGGUCAAAUAGGCAUAAUUUCCUAUUGAAAUUUGGUAUGGGAUCUCAUUUUAAUGUUAAGUCCGUGCUGAAACUGAAUUCAGUUGUUUAGGGUGUACUCUGUAUGAAAAUAUUUAACUGUAUAUAAGGGUGCUAUUGAUCACAUUUUGCUUGUACAGCUGUCUUCAAUUGUAUUAAAGAGUCGUUAUAUGUGAGGUAAUUAAUUCCUCAAUGAUAGAAAUUAUUCAAAACACUAUUUUACUCAUUUAAGUUUACACUCCAAGAUGUAUCUCCCCUCUUGAAUGUAUAAAGGGAAUAAAUGGAAACUGUUUGCAAUAACAAGA